AGCCCCCUCCUCUCCCUCCCUCUGUCCCCGUGUCGCUCGGUCUUUCGGUGUCGGUCCCCUCCUCCUGCCCGCCGACGAUGGCCACCGGCGAGCGCACGUUCAUCGCCAUCAAGCCGGACGGCGUCCAGCGCGGCCUGGUCGGGGACAUCAUCAAGCGGUUCGAGCAGAAGGGCUUCCGCCUCGUGGCCAUGAAAAUGCUCCGGGCCUCCGAGGAGCACCUGCAGCAACACUACAUCGACCUGAAGGACCGGCCCUUCUUCCCCGGCCUGGUGAAGUACAUGCACUCGGGGCCGGUGGUGGCUAUGGUGUGGGAAGGGCUGAACGUGGUGAAGACGGGCAGGGUGAUGCUGGGGGAGACCAACCCCGCCGACUCCAAGCCGGGCACCAUCCGCGGCGACUUCUGCAUCCAGGUCGGCAGGAACAUCAUCCACGGCAGCGAUUCGGUGAAGAGCGCCGAGAAGGAGAUCGGCCUGUGGUUCAAGCCCGAGGAGCUGACCGACUACAAGUCCUGUGCUCACGACUGGAUCUACGAGUGAAAGGCGGCGACGACGGUCCCCGACCCCGCCGCCCGUCCCCCUUUCCGCCGACGUUUGUAAGGACGGUUUCCGUCUUGGCGGAAACUGCUAAUAAACACCGGGAAACCAGCA